GUAGCGCCAUGCUUCCCCAGUCCAGUCCAAACGGCUUUGGCAGUGUUACCCGACCAUUAGCAAUAGCCUAGAAACGGAGCGAGCGGCUGGUCGCAAGUGCCUUUCUCGCGAGCCAAUGCUCGGAUAUUGCCCCCAAGGUAUCGCUUCCAAGUGACGAGGCAGAUGGCCUCGUGGGCAGUGCUGAGACUCGGGCUGCUCAAGCACACAGCCGCAACGACACCUCGCAUCGUCUUGUUGGCUCAGCAGCCGCCGGCCGUGCGACUGAAACGGCAGCCGGUCUGCGGGAAGAGGCAUGUGAGGGACGGCAGCGAAGCAUGGUCGUACGUUUUGGCGGGAAGAGACGCAUGGAAGGGCGGGAGGAUGGCCUGGAAUCGCGCCUCAGCCCAGAACAAGGCGUGGCCUGGCCAUCAUCGCGAUGCAGAUGCAUGUAUUGCAUCCACGACAGCCAGCAUCGCCGCAGACACGCUUGUUUUGCGCAUAGCAGAUGCUAAGCUGUAGCAGCAGCAGUGCCGCAAUUCGGUCUGCUUCCCCAGCUCGCAGAGCGCAACGACUAUCGACGGUCAUGUUCGCUGCUGGAGUCGCUUUUAGCCUGGCCAGGCCUAGCGCCGCGCCUGUGAAACAUGGAGCGACCGGGCCACAGGU